AUGGCUCCUUCGACGCAGCAUUACUGGAUCGUCUCUAUCCCAACGGAGAACAGCAGCAGGGGAGACGUUUUCCAAUCCCUCAAAUCCCGCAUUGCUUCCUCCAAUCGCGACUAUGCUGAAGUCUCUACCUUUCCAAUCCCGGCUUUCAAGAUCGGUACCCUUGAUUCGCUAGUAUCUCAAUCAGAGGAACUGGCGAAAAUCGAUGCGCAAUUUGAGGGCACGGUGUUAAAGGUAGUGGACGUGAUGAAGGGCGUGUUGCAGGGCGACGACGACAAGGUGAGGGAGCAAUGCGUGGUCAAUGACAGGCCUGUCGACUCAUACCUCACCUCCUUCUCAUGGUCAACCACCCGAUACCGCACGACACUCUCCAUCCCCGAACUCUCUUCCACCCUCACCAAGGAAAUGACCUCUCUCGACAUCGACCUUCGAACAAAAUAUUCGCAAUAUCAACAGGCCAAAGGCAACCUGUUGACAAUCCAAAGGAAACAAACCGGAAAUUUGAGUACAAGGAGCUUGGAGGGUCUGGUUCACAAGGAUGACCUCGUGUUGGAAAGUGAAUACAUGGAGACCCUGUUGGUUGCCGUGCCAAUCAAUGACCAGAAAGACUGGCUGAAGCAGUACGAGACUCUUGCACCCAUGGUCGUUCCACGUUCGUCGUCAAAAGUUGCAGAAGAUGACGAUUUCGCACUCUACAAUGUAACAGUCUUCAAGAAGUAUUCGCACCAAUUCUCGCAAAAGUGCCGUGAGCAUAAAUUCGUCCCAAGAGAAUACAAGUACGAUGAGAACGCCUUGGAAAACAGUCAGAAGGAGCAGAAGCAGCUGGGUGAGCAGGAGAAGAAGCUCUGGGGAGAAACUCUUCGCCUCGCCCGCACGUCCUAUUCUGAUGCAGUGACUGCCUGGGCACACCUCAAGGCUCUUCGUACAUUCGUCGAGUCCGUCCUCAGAUAUGGACUUCCACCGGAUUUCGUAUCUGUCAUCAUCAAACCAUACCACAAGCAAGAGAAGAAGGCAAAGAAGGAGCUGGACUCUGCCUACAGUUAUCUGGGUGGUCCGGCAUUCAGCGAGAAGAAGUCCAAGAGUAGGAAGGCAGACGAUGAUGACGCAGCGAUCGGCGCUCUGGAGGUGGAAUAUAGUCCAUACGUGUUCUACUCGAUGGUUGUCUAA